GACUGACAGUUCCCUCGCUCACCUCUAAGCCACCUGCUUUCAGAGAAAUAAGGUAUAUGUUGAAACAGUUGGUGUGAGUGAUUUAAUAAUAUUAUGAAGGUAUUGCAUAGCCAGUUAAAACCAAUGGCUGUAGACGUUUAUUCAUAAUUUACACGCUAAUUAGACGAAUGUUGGAUUGUGUGGGCGGAUGGGUGCGACACAGCGGAGAUUGAAGUCAGCUGUUGUUUACAAAUAUGUGAGACGUCGCGCGUGCCGAGGAAAAUGAGUUUGUUCUUGACGAUUACUUUUAGUUAGACUUCUUGUAGUUAUGUUAUUGUGAAUAGCUGUAAAGCAGCAUAGCAAGGAGAGAGAGGCACAGGAUUAUCACACGGGAUAAACUGAAGUAGGCUAAAGGCAAAACCACCAAGCAACCGGAUCGGUCUGCAACAGCGUGGUGUGCAACUGACAAAUUGUUCAAGCUUUGCCGGUAGAAGUCAGCAAGUCUUCGAAUUAUUUAAUUUACCACUGGGAACUCACCAAGAUGAAGUCUGUUCUCAUGGUUGCAGAGAAACCAUCUUUAGCCCAGUCGUUGGCUGAGAUACUGAGCAACAAGAAGUGCAGUACCAGGAAAGGUUUCAAUGGUGCUUGCAGCAUCCAUGAAUGGACUGGUUCUUUUGUCAAUCAGCCGGUUCGUUUCAAGAUGACAUCAGUUUGUGGUCAUGUGAUGUCACUAGAUUUUCCAGGGAAGUUUAACAAUUGGGACAGAGUUGAUCCAGCAGAACUGUUUAAGUGUCCAACAGAGAAGAAAGAAGCAACUCCUAAACUAAAGAUGCCUGAUUUCUUAAGUAAAGAAGCUCGGGGAUGUGAUUACUUAGUACUCUGGCUUGAUUGUGAUAAAGAAGGAGAAAACAUUUGUUUUGAAGUAAUCUCUUGUGUUGAACACUCAAUGAACAGACCAUCAUACAGAGAACAGGUGAGAUUUUGGUUGGGGGCACUUUACAUUGGAGAAUACUUUAUCUACAAAAAUAUUUCAAAUAUGUUUGUAGGUAAAUUCAAAAUGGCUGAAAUUUGUCAUUUUUUUUUUUUUUUUUCAAAACAAACAUUACCACAUAUAAUAACCCACAAUCAUGGUUCAAGAUUCAUUGACCAUUAAUGUUGGAAAUUAAAG